GGCCGGCUCGGGGGAGCGCGCUUUCGGCCGCGGGGGCGCACGGCGGGCGGCGCGCGGAGCGGCGGGCGUGCGCAACCAUGCGCCAGGGCGCACGGCCGGCCGGCCAGAGCGGCGAGGGCGCACGGGCGCCGCCCGCCAGGGGGUAGCGGCCCUGGCCCAGGGAUGGAGCGCGGCGGCGGCGGCGAGCGGCCCCUGACGCGGAGGGGGCUCGUGAAGCGUCUCCUAUGGGCCUGACUGCUUGCCAGCAAAUGCCAUGGAAUUUUGUGCUCAGAAACACCCCACAGAGGAGGAAAGGCGCGUGAAGGCAAACGCUCGGGAGUACAAUGAAAAAUUCCAGUACGCGAGUAACUGCAUCAAGACGUCGAAAUAUAACGUGCUCACCUUCCUGCCCAUCAACCUUUUUGAGCAGUUCCAGGAAGUUGCCAACACUUACUUCCUCUUCCUCCUCAUCCUCCAGCUGAUUCCGCAGAUAUCCUCGCUGUCCUGGUUCACCACGAUAGUGCCUUUAGUCCUCGUGCUGACGAUCACGGCUGUCAAGGACGCCACUGACGACUAUUUCCGCCACAAGAGCGAUAACCAGGUGAACAGCCGUCAUUCCCAAGUUCUGAUCAAUGGGAUCCUCCAGCAGGAGCAAUGGAUGAAUGUUCGUGUCGGUGACAUCAUCAAGUUGGAGAACAAUCAGUUUGUAGCGGCUGAUCUGCUGCUGCUGUCCAGCAGUGAGCCUCACGGACUUUGCUACAUCGAGACGGCCGAGCUGGAUGGGGAAACCAAUAUGAAAGUCCGACAGGCGAUCCCGGUGACGUCGGAGCUGAGCGACACCAACAACCUUGCGCACUUUGAUGGAGAGGUGAUUUGCGAAGCCCCCAACAACAAACUGGACAAAUUCAGUGGGAUGCUGUACUGGAAGGAGAGCAAAUACCCUCUGAGCAAUCAGAAUAUGUUGUUGCGUGGUUGCGUCCUUCGCAAUACGGAAUGGUGCUUCGGCUUGGUCAUUUUCGCAGGGCCGGACACCAAGUUAAUGCAAAACAGCGGCCGCACGAAAUUCAAGAGGACGAGCAUUGACCGUUUGAUGAACACUCUGGUGCUCUGGAUUUUCGGGUUCCUUGUCUGCAUGGGGGUGAUCCUGGCCAUCGGCAACUCCAUCUGGGAAUACGAAGUGGGCGCCCGCUUCCAGAUUUACCUGCCUUGGGACGAGGUGGUAGACAGUGCCUUUUUGUCGGGAUUCCUGUCCUUCUGGUCGUACAUCAUCAUCCUCAACACCGUCGUCCCCAUCUCUCUUUACGUGAGCGUGGAGGUGAUCCGCCUCGGGCACAGCUACUUCAUCAACUGGGACAAGAAAAUGUAUUGUGGGAAACGGUGCACGCCGGCCGAGGCCCGGACCACGACGCUGAACGAGGAAUUGGGUCAGGUGGAGUACAUCUUUUCGGACAAGACGGGCACCCUCACUCAGAACAUCAUGGUCUUCAGCAAGUGCUCCAUCAACGGACGCAGCUACGGCGACGCUCUGGAUGACCUCGGGUACAAGGCUGAGCUUGGAAAGAGAACAGAUCCGGUGGAUUUUUCCUGCAACCCGCUGGCCGAUCCCACGUUUACCUUCUGGGACACCGGACUUUUGGAAACGGUGAAGCUGGGCGACCUUCAUGUCCAUGAGUUCUUUCGUCUCCUCGCUCUUUGCCACACCGUCAUGUCUGAAGAGAAAUGCCCAGGAGAAUUGUACUACAAAGCCCAGUCUCCCGACGAGGGCGCCCUGGUGACCGCUGCCCGCAAUUUUGGCUUUGUGUUCCGCGGGCGCACCCCCAAGACGAUCACGGUGCAGGAGCUGGGGCGGCCGGUCACCUACCAGCUUCUUGCCAUUUUGGACUUCAACAACGUUCGCAAGCGAAUGUCGGUCAUUGUGCGGAAUCACGAGGGGCAAAUACGCCUUUACUGCAAAGGGGCUGAUAUCAUUCUCUUGGAAAGGCUUCACCCUGGCAACCGAGAGUUGUACAACCUCACCACUGUCCAUCUCAACGAAUACGCCGGCGAGGGUCUUCGCACGCUGGUGCUGGCUUAUCGGGACCUGGAAGAAAAGUCCUACGCCGGGUGGGCCGAGCGGCUUCAGCAAGCCUCCCUGGCUGGCGAGGGGCGCGAAGAGCGGAUGGCCCGGCUGUACGAGGAGGUGGAAAAUGACCUGGUGCUGCUGGGAGCGACGGCUAUCGAAGACAAGCUGCAGCAGGGAGUUCCGGAGACCCUCGCUCUUCUUAGCUUGGCCAACAUUAAGAUUUGGGUCCUGACAGGGGACAAACAAGAGACGGCGGUCAACAUCGGGUACUCCUGCAAACUGCUGACCGACGAAAUGACAGAGGUCUUUGUCAUCUCCGGACACACCGUCUUCGAGGUCCGGCAAGAGCUGCGGAAGGCUCGAGAGAAGUUGAUGGACUCGUCACGGUCGAUGGGAAACGGGUUCGCCUACCAGGAGAAGCUGUCCACCUCAAAGCUGACGUCUGUCCUGGAGGCCGUGGCGGGGGAAUACGCCUUGGUUAUCAACGGACACAGCCUGGCGCACGCCCUGGAAGCCGACAUGGAGCUGGAGUUCUUGGAGACGGCGUGUGCUUGCAAGGCGGUCAUCUGUUGCCGAGUGACCCCCUUGCAGAAGGCUCAGGUGGUGGAGCUGGUGAAGAAAUACAAGAAGGCCGUUACCCUGGCCAUCGGGGAUGGGGCGAACGACGUGAGCAUGAUCAAGGCCGCCCACAUCGGCGUGGGCAUCAGUGGCCAGGAGGGGAUCCAGGCCGUGCUGGCCUCCGACUACUCCUUCUCCCAGUUCAAGUUCCUUCAGCGCCUGCUGCUCGUGCACGGACGCUGGUCGUACCUCCGGGUGUGCAAGUUCCUCUGCUACUUCUUCUACAAGAACUUUGCCUUCACCAUGGUGCACUUCUGGUUCGGCUUCUUCUGCGGGUUUUCGGCCCAGACGGUGUACGAUCAGUACUUUAUCACGCUGUACAACAUUGUUUACACCUCCCUGCCCGUCCUCGCCAUGGGGGUCUUCGAUCAGGAUGUGCCCGAACAUCGUAGCCUGGAGUACCCCAAGCUGUACGAACCGGGGCAGUUGAACCUCCUGUUCAACAAGCGGGAGUUCUUUGUCUGCAUCGCCCAGGGCAUCUGCACCUCCGUCUUCAUGUUCUUCAUUCCCUAUGGGGUCUUCAGCGACCACGCCCACCUGGCUGACUACCAGUCCUUUGCCGUUACGGUGGCCACCUCCCUCGUCAUUGUGGUCAGCGUGCAGAUUGGCCUGGAUACAGGGUUCUGGACGGCCAUCAACCACUUCUUCAUUUGGGGCAGCCUGGCUGUUUAUUUUGCCAUCCUCUUUGUCAUGCACAGCAACGGCCUCUUUCAGCUUUUCCCCAACCAGUUUCGUUUUGUUGGCAACGCCCAGAACACGCUGGCCCAACCCGCCGUGUGGCUCACCAUUGCCCUCACCACCGUGGUCUGCAUCAUGCCAGUCGUGGCCUUCCGUUUUCUCAAGCUGGACCUCAGACCGGAGCUCUCGGACACGGUGCGUUACACCCAGCUGGUCCGGAAGAAGCAGAAGACUCAGCAUCGUUGCAUGGGCCGGGUGGGACGCCCGGGUUCACGACGCUCCGGCUACGCGUUCUCCCACCAGGAAGGUUUUGGGGAACUCAUCACUUCCGGCAAGAACAUGCGGCUCAGCUCACUGGCCCUUUCCAGUUUCAGCGGCCGCCCCAGCACCAGCUGGAUCGAGACGCUGCGGAAGAAGAAAAGUAGCGCGGGAGGCGAGGCCGGGAGCGGGGCCAGCAGCCCCAGCGGGCCUGACAAGAUGCUGAAAGUGUGAGGCAGAACCAGGGGAUGGUCCUGGAUGGGCAGACCCGCACGCCAAAGACCCCGUUCCACUCCGAGGAUGUGAGAAAGCCAGGCAGGAACGGAUCGGUCCUCGCGGCAGUUGCGGAGAACUGGAAACCGAGGCUUGAGGUCUAAAGCCAUCGCCAUUUAUUCAAACCACAGAGCCCCAAAUUCAAGCCACCGGUGUAUUGGGGUAGCCCAGCCCUGGCUGGUUGGCGAAAGGAGGGCGUUAAGCGUUCCUGUCCCUGGAUGGGAAUCCCCCUGAACUUUUGUGGUCCAUUUUUUAAAUCCAGGAGGAUCCACUCCUUUGGGUAACACAGCAUCUUUCCUCCAAACCACAUGCGAAUGUAUGAAGCAGGAUGGUUGGGGUGUAACGAUGGGGACAAGGUCUGGGGGUGGGGGCAUGGAGAAAUCCUUCUGCUCCAGCGCUACCACUGUGUGGCUGAUGUCGGUCUUUUUCGAUCUGGAGAGAGAGAGAAAAUAAUAUUGCAGACGAAUCACGUUUACAGAAGAGAGAGGCUUUUCUGCUCCUCGGACGUUCAACUAGUGCUCAAGGAACUGGGUUCAGAGGGAGGGCCCCCCGCUCACCGAAGCAGAAACCAGGCCAGCCUCGCCAGGACAGACCUCGGCAUCGGAUACUCAGGUUGGAGGAAAGACUCGCUCCGUUGUGAUGCCCAAGCCUCAGCACGGGGCUUGGCUCUUCUCAAGGAUCAAGAACUUAGAGACGCCCCACAAAUCUUCUAAGGAGAGGCCGCGAUUGGCACCGGGGGCGGCCGUCGGAGGCAUUUGAUCUCCCCUGCGGCGGGAGGAAGUAAAGAGGUUUUAUUUUUUUAUCGUGUCAGGCUUGAGAUUGCAAAGAGCUGCCUCCUCUUUGCAUGCUCUCCGGGGGUUGCCCAGCCGGCCCCCCGAAGCAUUGCGUCCUGGGAGGUCGGGAAAACAGGGGCCGCUGAAUCGGAGCAGAGCCAAAGAAGAGCAACGCCUUGUUUCUUUUCUCCCCCAGCCAGACUCGCCAAGCUGCAGGUAGCUUCCACUUCCUUUUGAAGAACUCAUUCACCUUCUGGCCCUUCUCUCCUCUUGGCCUCCGUCUUCGUCUGCCGAGGCACGUGAGCUUUUGCACGGAGGGCCUCCCGCGGCUGCUAGAUUCCCAGCUGCAGAUGGAUGGAGCAAAUCUCCACAAAAGCUAAUUUUCCCUACCUUCCUCCAGAGUAGUGUUUCUCAACCGGAACAACUUGAAGAUGUGUGGACUUCAACUCCCAGAAUUCCCCAGCAUCACUGGGGGAAUUCUUCAAGUUGUUCAGGUUGAGAAACACUGCUCUUAAGUGAAGGGCAAAUUCCUAUAUUCCGGUUUGGGUAGAGAAUUCCUCAGAGCUGGCUCAACCAUUAGGGGAAAAGAAGUAACAGCAAAUCCUGCUGAGCCCUCACAGUGGUCCUCUUCUGUCAAAAGGCAGAAUUUGGGGUGCCACCUGGUUAAAAGUUUGGGGGGGCCCUUUUCAAAUCUAUCCUGCUGCCUUGUUCUUGGCCAAAUAGAGGGGACAGGCUUACAUGCGGCCCUGAAAAAGGAGGGUGAGGCUGGGGGCACCCACCGGCCGGUGCCAACAUAGCUUUCCUUGCCCGCCAACAUUUUGGCUGGUGUGCCAUGGAAAGCGAGUAGCCCAGUUGAAAAGCGGCAGAUACAUCGCCCCAAGAGACACGCCAGCGUCGGAUCUUGAUCUUUCAAACACUUCCAUUGCUCCGCUCACCAAUUUGGACUGCCAACGAGUUUGGACUGAUUUGGGGCAGGCGACCUGGGUCUUAGCGCCACGGGCAAGGGGCCGUGCCCAGCGCUCAUUUCAGACCCACCUUGAUACCAAAGAGGAACUGUUUGUCAGCCAGGGAGAGAGGGGCAUUCCAGUUGGCAGCAGCCUGUCCGUUUUGGCGGAAGGUGCAAAGACGCGGCUGCGCCACGCAGGGAUUAAGGAACAUUCCGUAUAAUUUAUUAUACAUUUCUAUACUGGGCAGAAUUGUAUCGUUUUAUGAAUAUAAAGAGAAAUUGCAUUUUCUUUA